CGAUCUCAGCGCCAUCUAUACAAGAAUUGUGGAAACUACUCAACAACUUACCGACUUAUCACGCGGUAGUCGGUAAAUUGUCGAAUAGUUUCCGCCAGUUCCGUAUAGAUGGCGCUAGAAUCGAAUUUUAAAAAAUACUCAAUUUAUGGCGGUUUUUUUAAAAUGCAAGUUUGUCAAAGGAGACGAAUCAAUUUUUGCGCUAUCUGGUGGCGCAUUUGCUAAACGCGUAAUAUAUUCAAUAUCGAUGAGUUGGAAUAUUAUUGAUAAUUCUUGUUUAGUUGUGCCAGGUUGGAAGCAUCAUUAUGUUACAAUGCAAUAAAAAGUUCUUGAGUAAAACAUAGUAUUAUUGCUUUUAACGAUAAAUAUCCUACUGUUACUCUAUCAUAUAUUUUCAACAUUUAUUUUGUAAUUUACAUGUACAAUCUACUGCGUAAAUUUAUACGAUUUAAAGUAACGCUCACCUAUUUGUUUUACGUAAUAUAGUAGAAAGUUUUUAUCAUAAUAUUGUAUUUUUAAUUGCGCGCGUGUGUGUUAUAUAUACAUAUAAACAUGAAUUUAACUUGGGAAGAAUUUUAUGCUAAACAUCCACCACCUCAAGAUUUUGCUCAAAGUGAAGCAUUACUGAAAGCAUUUACAGAAAGACAAUUUAAAAAAAACAAUAAAGUUGUAUUAGUUACGAGUGGUGGCACAACAAUACCUUUAGAACACAAUACGGUAAGAUUUGUUGAUAAUUUCAGUGCAGGAACUAGGGGAUCUGUAUCUGCAGAAUAUUUUUUAGAAUCUGGAUAUGCAGUAAUAUUUAUGUAUAGAAUUAAGUCUUUAGAACCAUUUUCCAGACAUUUUACAGGACAAAAGUUUUUAGAUAUGUUAGAGGUCAAUGAGCAACUAGAUGGAAAAUCUACUGUUGCAGUGUUGCCACAGUAUACAGAGAAGUUGGCGACAAUACUGCAUAAAUAUAAAGAAGCUCUGAAUCAAGACAGACUAUUGCAACUCACUUUCACAACCCUUUCUGAAUAUCUUUGGCUUCUUCGCUCUGCCUGUCAAGCACUAGCUUCUUUUAAAAACAAAGCUAUUUUGUAUCUGGCUGCUGCAGUUUCAGAUUUUUACAUUCCUUCCAAUGAAUUGGCUGUUCAUAAAAUUUCUUCAGAUGAACCGCAAACAAUAUCCCUUCAAUUGGUGCCAAAAAUAUUAGCUCCUUUAGUAAGUCUGUGGGUUCCACAAGCAUUUGUAGUGUCUUUUAAGUUGGAAACUGAUGAAAGCCUUUUAAUUUUAAAAGCCAGAAAUGCACUCAAUAGAUACAAACACAAUCUGGUCAUAGCAAAUAUGUUGCAUACUCGAAAACAACAAGUAACAAUCGUCAGUCAGGAAAGUAAUCAUGUCAUUUCUCUUACUAACGAACAGUUGAACAGAGGUGAGGAAAUCGAACGGUUAAUUGUCAAUGAUCUUGUUGACAGACACCAAAAUUUCAUAAAGUCUACAGGAGAAAGUAGUUGAUGAAUAUUCCCAUUACAUGUUAAGUUUAGAAAGAUUUAAUACAUAUAUGUAUAUAUAUGUAUGUAUAUACAUUAAAUUAAUUAUAUUAAUAUACCGAGAUAUUUAAGAGAUCUAUUAUAGGUUCUGAUCUCAUUAUUUUAUAUAUAGUAAUAAUAUUUACAUACAGAUGUGCAUACACGUGUACGUGUAUACUUAUACAAAUAUGCACCUUUAAAAAGAAUUUAACUUGUUUUAAAUUGUUUUCACUUAAAUGUAUCUAGAAAAUUACUUUCUGAUGAACAUAUCUCAAUUUUUUAACUAAUGAUUCGAAAUCAUAUUAAUAAAAUGUUAGUUUUCAAGA